UCCAAAUCCACCCAUCUUUGUUGCCAAAUGCAAGCCACAUGAAGUGUGAUCUUCUUCACCCAUUUGUAAUUUCUACGAAAGAUAUAAUUCCAUUAUUCUCACCUAAGUCACUCAUUUCUACAGUGGUAGUAGAAUGGGUUACCGUCCAGCCUAGACGCUGCCCCGCUAGGCCUUAACCUACCUGGCAUCUGUGGUGCCUUCUGGGUGGAUGAGAAAACCAAGUAAGUAAGAAGGGUCUGUGUUCACCAAAACUCUCUUCCCAGAAGCUGACCUCUGGAAUGGUGCGCCGGACACGGGGGCCGCCAGGAGGCGCGCUGGCCCGGGAGGACCGACAGGGGCAGGCGCGUCUAGGCCGGAGGAACGCCCGCCGCACUCGCUGUCCACGAAGCGCCAGCUGAGGGGCGGGUGCAGCGGGUGCGGCGGAGGCUGCCAGCUACUCAGCUCCUCCGCGUCGCUGCGCUCCCGGAAGCCGGAUUGCCGCGCGAGUCCUGUCAGUGCGAGCAACGCGAGACCGCUUCUCGCCGCUUGCGGAGAGCACCGAGCAACCCGGCCUGUGUGCGGCGGCGACUCCCGGGACCGGACCGGGCAGCGGAGGACAUGGCAGAGACGACCGCUGCUCCGACUUCUGAGUGGGACUCGGAAUGCCUCACAUCUCUGCAGCCUCUUCCUCUUCCUACACCUCCAGCAACAAAUGAGGCACACCUGCAGACCGCAGCCAUCUCCCUGUGGACAGUGGUGGCUGCUGUGCAGGCCAUAGAGAGGAAGGUGGAGGUCCACAGCCGGCGACUCCUCCACCUAGAAGGCAGGACAGGGGCAGCAGAGAAGAAACUAGCCAGCUGUGAAAAGACAGUGACCGAGCUUGGGGACCAGCUGGAGGGCAAGUGGGCCGUGCUGGGGACCCUGCUGCAGGAGUACGGGCUGCUGCAGCGGCGGCUGGAGAACCUGGAGAACUUGUUGAGGAACAGGAACUUCUGGAUCCUGCGGCUGCCCCCAGGUAUUAAAGGAGAUAUUCCAAAGGUGCCUGUGGCAUUUGAUGAUGUCUCCAUCUACUUUUCCACUCCGGAAUGGGAGAAAUUAGAAGAAUGGCAGAAAGAACUUUACAAGAAUAUCAUGAAAGGCAACUACGAGUCCCUCAUCUCCAUGGAUUAUGCCAUGAAUCAACCUGAUGUCUUAUCUCAGAUUCAACCAGAAGAACACAGUACAGAUGACCAACCAAGGCCAGAGGCAAGUGAGAUUCCAGCAGAUGCCAGUGAAGAGCCUGGCCUUUCAACCUCAGAUAUUCUGUCUUGGAUUAAACAAGAAGAAGAGCCUCAGGUUGGAGUCCCCCAGGAGUCCAAAGAGAGUGACCUGUACAAAGGCUCCUAUGCCGACCAAGAACUUGUCAUCAAAGCUGAAGACCUGGCCAGAGCCUCCUUGUGUCCUGAAGUUCCCGUAGCCUUCUCUGCCCCGCCACCACCAGCAGCCAAGGAUGCUUUUGCAGAUGUAGCUUUCAAAAGCCAGCAGUGUACUCCCAUGACACCUUUUGGACGCACAGCCACUGACCUGCCUGAGGCCUCAGAGGGACAAGUGACCUUUACUCAGUUAGGAAGCUACCCACUCCCACCUCCAGUUGGAGAGCAGGUGUUCUCAGGCCACCAUUGUGGCAAGAGUCUCAACCAAGACAUGUUAAUGACACAUCAAUGUAGCCACACUGCUGAGCACCCCUUAACCUGUGCCCAGUGUCCCAAGCACUUUGCCCCACAGGUGGACCUCGGUAGCACCUCUCAGGACCAUGCCAGUGAAACACCACCCACCUGUCCUCACUGCGCCCGGACCUUCACUCACCCCUCACGACUCACGUACCAUCUUCGGGUCCACAACAGCACUGAGCGCCCCUUCCUCUGUCCUGAUUGUCCCAAGCGCUUCGCUGACCAGGCUCGACUCACCAGCCAUCGGCGCGCUCAUGCAAGUGAGAGGCCUUUCCGUUGCCCACAGUGUGGUCGUAGCUUUAGCCUGAAAAUCAGUCUCCUGCUGCACCAGAGGGGACAUGCGCAGGAGCGCCCCUUCUCUUGUCCUCAGUGUGGCAUUGACUUCAAUGGCCAUUCUGCACUGAUUCGUCACCAGAUGAUCCACACAGGCGAACGGCCCUACCCGUGUACAGACUGUAGCAAGAGCUUCAUGCGUAAGGAACACUUGCUAAACCACCGGAGGCUGCACACAGGUGAGAGGCCUUUCCAAUGUCCGCACUGUGGCAAGAGCUUCAUCCGCAAACACCACCUCAUAAAGCAUCAGCGCAUCCACACGGGCGAGCGGCCCUACCCCUGUGCCCUGUGUGGAAGGAGCUUCCGCUACAAGCAGACACUCAAGGACCACCUGCGGACAGGUCACAGUGGAGGCUGUGCAGGUGAUAGGGACCCUUCUGCACAGCCAUCAGACCCACCUGGUCCACUCUUAACUGCCCUGGAAUCCUCUGGUCUAGGUGUUAGCACUGAAGGUCCAGAGUCUAGUCAGUGGUAUGGGGAAGGGGAUGGAGGCGUGGUUUUGUAGAUCUGUGGCCCAUUGGUUAUUUAUGUUCACUGCAGAGCAGAAGGUCCAGGAGAAAGCCUACAAGCUCCACAACCCAUAGUAAUUAUUGUCUGUUACAUAAAGGAAUUUGGGGGUCUACACUCAACUAGAGACAUGCUUGUGCAAGUCCACAACAGUACAAGAAUACCAUAUUUUGAAAACUGGAAGAGAGUCCAGCAUCCAUGUCUUUUCAUAUACCACAAAUGCAGAGUUUGGGCAGCAAGAUUUAUCUUCUGAUCAUUCUGUCAGGAUAGCAGAGAGUAGACUGCCUCUAGAUUGAGACGAGCUGGAAAGAGCCCCCAAACCUCAAAGCCAUCUUUCUCUAAUUCUUCAGUGAUGAGGUGACUGUUGGGGGAAUGUGCUUUAGCUGCCUGUUAGGUGCUCUCUUCAUACCUGUAUAGUCACCUUUCCCUGAAACAUGGUGACUGGGGCUGCCUUCCUAGGCCUAGAUUCUGUUGGCUAAUACAUUUUGUUUAAUGUUGGCGAAAAAGAAAUCUGACUUUAAUAGCUUAUUAAGGGGACAGUUCCUAGCUUUCACUAGCUUGAUUUGAAACAUUCAGACUCUUGUAGCAGCUUUUAAAGAGGACAGAGAACUUUGCCACAGACCUGGUUAGAAAUUGAGGACAGUUCUCUCUUCAGGUUUAAGAGCUAAAGAUUCCAGAGAUCUCAGGCACAACAGCGAUAGCAUGGCCUAAAAAUCUGCCUGAAUCAUGAAUUUAGAGUCAUUUAUAUCUACGUAUCCCUUCUCUUUUCCAAGCAGGCGAUCAUGUUUUUCCAUUUCUGUUGUUUGAUUUUCUUUCUCUCUCUCUCUCUUGAGACGGGGUCUUACUAUAUACCUGGCCUGGAAUUUACGUCAUAGACCAGUCUAGCCUUGAACUCAUAGAGCUCUGCCUGCCCCUGCCUCUUGUUCUGGGUGCACCACCAUGCCCAACCUGAUUUUCUUGACAAGGCUCACAGCACUUCAGGAAGUGCUUUUGUUCCUUCAGUAGUGUGACAAUAGUGCUGUAACGUGAUGCUCUUGAGAGGAUGGCUUUCCCGCCUGUCCUACCUCACUGGUCAUGAACAGAGUGAGGCUUCUCUUCAGUCCUGAGAGUGAGACAUCAUAUCUGUCCGACCUGUCAUGCUGUUUUUUAGACAGGGCUUCACUGUGUAGCCAGGCUGGAACUCGGAGAUCUGCCUGUCUCCACAUCUAGAGUGCUAAGAUUAAAAGCAUGUACUAUCAUGCUUAGCCAUCUGUUGUACUUUGAGGUAUCAUGGCUACCAUGCCUUCUUUUCUUGGCCCCUCUUAGUCAUCUAAAAGCAUCUGAACCUAGUUCUGUUCCUAAAUGUUCAUGCAACCAGGUGUGUGUCCUCUUCCGUUUUCAGCUCUCACAUUUUAUCACUGUAAUGAAGCUGUCAAAAGGUGAGUGUAAGCCACGCAAUGGUGGCGCUCACCUUUAAUCCCAGUAUCCGGGAGGCAAGACAGGCAGAUGUCUGUGAGUUUGAGGCCAGCCUGGUCUACAAGAGCUAGUUCCAGGACAGGCUCCAAAGCCGUAGAGAAACCCUGUGUCAAACAAACAAACAAACAAAAAACAAAACAAAACAAAAAGUGAAUGUACUGGUAAAAAUAAAAAGCCACAGAUCCCCAAGUGGCGGCAGCAGGCACGAGACCACAGCAGCCCACAGCAGCGGGCCACAAAGGCAGCCAGAUCCCAGGCAAGGAGCCACAUGGUGGGUGAGAGACUGAGAUGGAUACACAUACUGUGCAGAGUGAGGUUGGAUAUUUAUUUAGUGGGUUAUGGAAGGGAAGGGAAAGAGAAGAAGGGGAAAGAGCUGAGAGAGAAAGAGGAAAGAAGCAGAGGGGAGAAUGGAGCUGCCUCUUUGGGAGAGAGAUGGGAGGAAGGGCUCAGACUGGAAACAGAAGGAAGAUUGGCCUGCCUCAAAAGUGGACAGGGGAGGGGGUGGGUGAGGCUUGUUUCUUAAAGGGGGACUGGACAGACCAUUACAGUGAGCCUCUAGAAACUUUUUACAAAGAAGAAUCUUGUGAUAAAGUUCUCCUCUGCCAAAAUUCUGUUCUUCAUUUGGCUUCUGUCCAGACAAAGCCAAAUAAGGCAAGAAAACCAAAGCAGAGAAACUCAUGUAGAAACUUGGUGGAAAUCAGCUUGUCUUGUGUUUUGCUCUUAGUGGGUCCUAAAGUAGAAGAUGGAGAAUGUAGAAACCACCUAUUUGGGACAGGAAGCUGUUUAUUCCCACACCCCUCAUUCCCCCAGAGUCCUCUAUGAUGUCUAGAAUGAGAUCUAGAGCUGUCCAGACAGAAUACUUUCUGGAUAAGGAAGGGAAUGCUUUCUCCUUGUUACUAGGCCCUGCAAUCACAGUCGGGAAUGGUGUUUACCUAGGUACUGUACUCCUGGCAAAGUUCUGCCUGAACAUGCUACUCUUCAGGAUAAUCACAUAUAUAAAACAUUGUUUUGUGACAAUAAUACCAAGGAUCCCAGGAGACAUAAAUGUGUGUGAAACCUGGUUUGCUGUCAUAACUUUCAGCCUGUAGGCAGUGAAAAUCUCCCAGGGAUAGACAAGAAAGAUGAUGGCAGUACUGUGGUCUAUUGGGAAAAAGAGCCAGAAUCUGGACCAUCCCACAGGAAAACUCGGAAAUCCUGAAAUCCCCUAAUCAGGUUCCAGCUUCAGUAAUGACUCACUAGGGACCUGACUAUGUGGUUUACACCUGAAAAAGAAGGAAUCAAGGCAUUCUCAGGGUCAGGGAAGUGUUUGCUAGAGCUGAAGAGGAGAUGCUUGCUGAGACUGCUGUGGGGGCUGGACAACAUCUAAAGUUCAUCUGAACUCAGCAGAUUUACCAAGGACACAAAAGCCAAUGGGAGGUCUGUGUACCAGAGUGCUGCCAGUGGACCCCAGUGCCUGUUCUGUUAGGCGCUGUAGCCAGCAGGGAUCUAAACUGGCCAAAAGAGAAUAGCGUUCCAAUACCAGCCAAACAUUGGAAGCAUGUGGAAUCAAUCCCAAUCCUUAAUCUGGCUCAAAGUAGGAUCUUCAGCUAUUGGUUUUUUGUUUUUAGAGACAGAGCUUCUCUGUGUAACAGUCCUGACUGUCCUGGACUUCAUUCUGCAGACCAGACUGGCCUAGAACUCACAGAGAUCUGCCUGUCUCUGCCUCCCAAGUGCUGGGAUUAAAGGUGCUCCACCACUACCCGCAACUUCAGAUACUGUAUAGUCAAUUCUUUCCAUUCACCAAUCUCCUCUCUAGUAGAACUCAUCUGUCAACAAUUCAAAUGUAGCUCAUUGGAAAAUGUAAAGUCCAACAACUUUUCAGCAACUAGAAUCUCUGUCUACCUGGUGUCUUGAGAGAAACUGUACAUUUAACUCUACAACUAAAGAGAUCUAGUGCUCAUGUGACAGCUCGUGACUGUAGGGAAGAGGAAACCCCAAAAGUGUCCCCUGGAUGAUGGCGCAGCUCUUCCUCAGAGCUCAUCCAGGAGUUGGCUCUAACAAGAUCUCUUUACUUACUAAAGGUUUUUGGUUUGUCAGCACUGGAUGAGCCUCUGCUUCAGUCACAGAUAAGAAAUAAAUGUAAGUUGGUUAAUUGUUUAGAACGUAGAAGAUGAUUGAUCCCUUCCUAUUUGGCAUUUGAUAAUGAAAACACCGUAGUCGUUAUCUCCAGGGAGAGCCAUGCUCUACAUCAUUUCUGUCAUUAAUAAACUCUACAAAAUCUUCUCUUGAGAUGGCAUCUAUAGCUAUCUCAGCCAAUCCCCAUGGCUUAUGAGACAACAAAUACUAUCUCAGUCUCAAAAAGUCUCACUGAAAGAAAAAAGUACCUAAGUUCCUUUCAUUUCAAUGGGUUGGAAAUCCCAAUUUUAUGUCAUAUUUUUUGAGAGGGACAGGUCAUCCCUUCCCUCUUCUCAUGCCUUAGCUCCUUAGAUAACAAAAACACUUGCUGCAGUUGCCUGAGUAGCAAUGAGGCAUUUUCAGAUGAAAACCUGACAUUAAGCCGGGCGGUGGUGGCGCACACCUUUAAUCCCAGCACUCGGGAGGCAGAGGCAGGCGGAUCUCUGUGAGUUUGAGACCAGCCUGGUCUACAGAGCUAGUUCCAGGACAGGCUCCAAAGCCACAGAGAAACCCUGUCUCUAAAAACCAAAAAAAAAAAAAAAAAAAAGAAAGAAAAAAAAAACCUGACAUUAAUAGAUACAUAUACAUAUCUAGUUGGAUACACACACACACACACACACACACACACACACACACACACAUUGGUUUUUUGAGACAGGGUUUCUCUAUGUAGCCUUGGCUGUCCUGGAACUUGCUCUGUAGAUGAAGCUGACCUUGAACUCAGAGAUCCUCCUGCCUCUGCCUCCCAAAUUCUUGGGAUUAAAGUCAUGCACCAUUAGAUGGAUAUUUUGGACUGCUCAGCUCACUCUGGUUCUCUGUAGCAAAGGGGCAGUCUCUUACCAUAUGGGGUGAAUACAACAGGCUGUUAUUUGGCAAGGUUCAGGUUUCUAUAAAGAAGAUAAUUAGUUCAAAAUUAGGCACUGGGGUGAUAACUCAAUAAAGUGCUUGCUAUACAAGCAUGAGUACCUGAGUCUAAUCCCUCGAACUCAUGAAAAAGCUAGAAUCAAUGCUUGAAUCCUAGCACUGGGGAGGUCUUGGCUGGCUUCUUGUCAGUCUAGCCUCAUUGGUAAGCCGCAGGUCACUGAGAGACCCUGUCUCAAAGAACAAAGUCAGUGGCUCCUGAACAAUGACUCCCAAGGUCCUCUGGUCUCCACACAAGGUCAGAAUGAUUGCGGGUGGGGUUAAGGAGUGUGUGGGACUUAAUGCUCAUCACCCUUAGUACAGUAUUAAUGACUAGGAGCAGAGCUUUUCAUGGCAGACCUAGAUUCAAGCCUCAAGUAAUAUAGUAUCUUCUGAAGACUUUGUUUCUCUAUAAGGUAUUGUAAUAUGUUUUGUGUCUCAGUAGUGUUAGAGCUUAAGAACUCACAACAUAACAUUUUACAGAACCAGCCUGAAAAAGGUGGUCACAAAGCCAGGCCGAACUAGAAGUGGCAAGUGUUAAGAACCAAGGUUUGGCCAGGUGUGAUGGCUCACACCUGUUACUCGAGCACUUGGGAAUCUGGGGCAGGAAGAUUGCUGAGAAUUCAAGGUCAGUCUAGGCUACAGAGGAAAACCCUGUUUUUAAAAAAGAGGGGAGGACAAGAAGGCCCCAGAGAGAUAACUGUGUAAGAGCACUGGGUGCUUUUUCAGAGGACUUGUAUUUGGUUCCCAGCACCCCCAUGGUGGCUAUAAUUUUAACUCCAGUUUCAAGGGAUCUCAUGCCUUCUUCUGGCUUCUGCACUCUGCAGACACCAGACAUGCAUGUGGUGUGUGUGUGUGUGUGUGUGUUUGUGUAUGUGUGUGUAUGCACAUGUAGGCCAAACACUAAUACACAUAAAAACAAACAUUAAAAAAAAAGGCUGCUCCACAGAAGUACAAGACUCCUGGCUGGCUUAGCCUUUUGCUACCAUCUUUUUUCAUAAAUUUAGUAUGAACUCUUGCUGAUUAUUUUCUGUACAUACCACCACAUAAGUUUCUAAUGCCACAACCCCAUAUGGCUCUGAUUCUCUCUCAAUUUUUCUUCUUUUUCCUCAUCCUUCUCUUUAAAACAUUUCUUUAGAUUUUAUUUUAUCUGUCAGUGUUUUGCCAACAUGUAUGUAUGUACAUUAUGUGCACGCCUUGUUCCCACAGAGGUCAGAAGAGAGUGCCACAUUUCCUAAAAUUGGAAUUAUGAAUGAUUGCAAGCCACUGUGUGGGUGCUGGAAAUUGAACCUGGGUUCUCUGCAAGUGCAACAAGUGCUCUAAACCACUGUUUUAAAACAAAGAAUUUUAGGGUGGUGGUGGCGCAAACCUUUAAUCCCAGCACCUGGAAAUGGGUAGGUGGGUCUCUGAGUUCAAGGCUAACCUGGUCAGCAGGGCUAGUUCCAGGACAGCCAAGGCUACACAAAAAAUCCCUAUCUUAAAAAAAAAUUUAAGUGUUCUUUUAAAUAUUUCUCAGUUUUUCUUUGUUUAGAUUCUAUAAUUAGGAAAUCUGGCCCAGGUCUUCCCAUGCUUAUCCUAACCCAGCAAUACAAUUCCUCUGGCCCCUGCACCAGCAUCUGUGAACCUUGGAAAUGUGCUCAGGAAUGAAGAAUAUAGCAGUUCAGUGUUGUGGGGUGGGAGGGUUCUGUUUAAUACCUAUUGAGGUUUCUUCAACUACUUCUGUUUCACAAACACUAUCAUAAUUCCAAUGCAUAGUGUCUUUGCUCAAAAUACCUGGAAGAUGCUGUUUGUCUUGUGAAAGGAGUCAUUUGUCACUUGAAAUCAAGGAAAGGAGAGGUGUUACCCUGCUCUGACCCUGCUCCUGUUUUGUGUGCUUGUUUAUUGAAGACAAAAGUCUCUCAGUGGAACCCAUUGCCUCAAACUCACAAUCUUGUCUCAGCGUCCCUGGUGAAGGGGUCACAGAGGAGUGCCACCAUGCCUGCUCUUCAGUUCCUGCUCUCUGCACUACUUCCUUUUUCUUUUUACUUUUUUGAGACAGGGUUUCAUGUAUCCCAGGACAUCUACAAACUUCGUAUGUAGCCUAGAUUUCUUUGAACCUCUGAUCCUCCUUUCUCUUCUUGGUUUUAUGGAGCUAGGGAUCAAAUCCAGAACUUUGUGCAUGUUAGGCAAGCACUCUACCAACUGAGCUACAUCCCCAGCCUCUUCUUCAUGUUAUAGAACUGACCACAGUCACAGACAUAGGAUGGAUUUGGUCAACUUGGUCAAUUAAAUGUACCCUCCAUAUCAUGCCUAAGACCACACAAGGAAGGCAGAAAAAUACAGUCUCAUCAGAACAGCCUCAGAAACAGUGAUUCUGAAGUUCUGAAGUUACAUUCCAAAUAAAGGGCUUGAUAAAACCUCA